CAGUUUCGAAGGUAAUGGUCACGUGAUUUCCGCUCACUCUGCUGACGUUACAAUAACAAGGCAGACGAGUUGGACCUCGGUGGAAGAGAGGCAAGGCCACGGGAAGAACAGCAUUCUUUAUGUAUUGGUCCAUUUUUUGGAUUCAUCUCUGAGAUGCUGUUUGUAUUGUAGCUGUUGAGAGAUCACUGCUGGUGGUUCUCAGGAAGCCUCCUUUCACACAAUGAGCUCAAAAAGCAGGAUGAGUCCCAUAUGAUGCAUCUGGUUGGUUCUUCUCUCAGACCCCCAGGCUUGCCAAUGCCUCAGAGUCCAUCCAGUUCUUCUGCUUCUGACUCCAGUAGUUCAGACAGCACCGCCCGCUCCUCAUCUGCCACCGCAUCAAACCUGGACAGUCAGUCAAACUCCUCCUCGUCCAUCCCAGAAACAUGUGAUGGGUUGAGGUAUCGAGGUGAUUUUCCUCCCCAGAAUGUCUCUGGGGUCUCUCAGUGCCCAGAUGCAGCCCAGGUCCCUCUGCAGGGCGGCCUCCCGGCUCACAUGCCCUCCAGCCCCAUGUAUGCGCCCAUGCAGAUGCUGUGGUGGCAACAGAUGUACGCUCGCCACUACUACAUGCAGUAUCAAGCAGCUGUCGCUGCUUCUCAGCCUCCCAGCACGUCUCCCCCUCCCCCUUCCUCCUCACCCCAUCAGCUGCCCCAACCCGAAGAGCCCGUUCAGCCUCCGCUGGGCCCCAACCCGGCCCAGAACCCCCUGCAGGAGAACCAAGCGGCCAACCCCUUCCAGAUGAAUGCCCAGGGCGGACCGGCGCUGAAUGAGGACGAACUGAACCGUGACUGGCUGGACUGGAUAUACGCCGUGUCACGUGCUGGCGUCCUCCUCAGCAUCGUCUACUUCUACUCCUCCUUCAGCCGCUUCGUCAUGGUGGUUGGUGCCAUGCUGCUCGUCUACCUGCACCAGGCUCGUUGGUUUCCCUUCAGACCAGAGCAGCACAACCUCCCAGAAGGAGGAGGAGGAGAUCCUCAGGAUGAAGCUCAGAGACAGCAGGACAUGCAGGAAAUGGAGCGCCUGAUGGAUGAAGGGAUGGAGGAUGACGACGGCAGUGAAGAAGAUGUUGGAGGUCUGGAGGACCAGGCCCAGUCUGCUGCUGCCCUCCAGGAGCAGAACCUCCUCACUGUCGCCUGGUCUUUCAUCAGCACCUUCUUCACCUCGCUCAUCCCAGAGGGAUGGCCUCACGUGGCCAACUAGGAGUCACGCUCUUCCUGCUGCCGGCGCGUGUAGCACCGCAGACUUCAUCACUUUCAUCUUUACUGUCCUGAAAACCCAAACUAGCCUGGACGAUCAGAGCAGCUGGUCACUCUGAAGCAGACUUCAUAGCUGCUGUUGGAGCGCAGAUGCAGAACGUCACUGCACAAAGUCAGAGCUGAAACGUAAAGUUGCGUUAAAUGAACAAAUUCUUCAGCAGAGUCGCAUACUUAGAACUUUUUUUAUUUCUGUUGAGGGAUGGGACUCAAAACUAAUAAAUAUAUAAUCCCUCUCAGUGAUCUGGGCUUGUGUGUCUUUAACAAACCAUAACAAAACCGCUUUAAAAGACAUUUUUUCAUGAACGCACAAAUGUGCCUCCACACUUGGCUGCAGAGAGGUGAUGUGUUUUCCCACUUUGUGUAUCGUAUAUAGACACUUGUAAUUAUAUGCAUCUUUAAUUCCUGAAUCUAUGCAGUUCGAAUAAAACUUGCUGCACUUUUA